CAAAGUGACGUACAACGUGAAUUUUUCAUGAGCUUGUUGAAUGAUUUAUUACUAUUUCGGAUACCAAACUGAUAGCUUUGACAUAUUUGUCAUAAACAGAAAACAUGACAGAUGUAACAACAUCAAGGCGGAAAUCAGUAUUAUUUGCAGGAGAAGAAAUAAUAGAAAUUCCAGAAAAGGAUCUAAGAUGGAGGCGAGGAAGCCAUGCUGCCAUUCUGUCAAACUUACCAAGUCAACGAGGCAUUUUAUCAGAUACACAUCUUGCAGCUUCCUACAAAGAAGCACAAAAAAGAAGACAAAGUUUUCAGCAUUUACCUAGAUAUUCCUCAGUAUGCACUAUUCCAGGAUUGUUGCAGGAUUCAGAUGAUGAUGAAGAGGAAAUUCAGCAGGAAGUUUUAAGAAGACGCAGGUCAUUGUCCUCUUUUGGCAGUGCUGGAGGUAAUCCCAUUGAAAGAGCUGAUUUGCUGGAAAGGAGAGAAAGUAUCAAAUGUAUAACAGCACCUAUCCAUAUCAAGAGAAAAUUCAAAGAGAAAAUUCUUCAAGAGCCUGAAUUUACUGAGACAGGAUUUGCAGGAUGGAGACACAGACAGACGCAGAGAUGGAAUUCCUUCACACAACAAGUUCAAAAUAUUGCAAAUAUAUUGGAGCCUUGGUCAAGUUCUUUCAAAACUGUAGAAGGUAGAUUUGGGACAGCUAUAAUGAACUAUUUCCGUUUCAUUAGAUGGUUGAUGUUUAUGAAUCUCUACAUGAUGGUUAUUAUGAUGUGUGUAACACUGGUUCCCCACUUGAUCUUGACAGAUUCCACUAAUGUCACCAUUAGUAAUAAAACAAAACAAUGUACUGAAGACUAUGGUACACAUCUUGAUAAUAUAACUGAUACUGAGAAUAUUGGAAAUAAGAUAUUUGAUGUCCUACAAGGAACCGGCUGGAUGGAGCAGACAGUCCUGUUUUAUGGUGCUUAUCAAAACAAGACAUUGUUAGAAAGUGAAACAACAUAUAAUAUGAGUUUGGCCUACUUGUUAGCAACUGGAGGAUCUUUCUUGAUAAGCUUCUUCCUUAUUGUUAGAAAUACAGGGAAAGGUAUAAAGCAAGGAGUAAUGAACAAAGACAGUACAGUAAACCAGUACACUAACAAAGUUUUCUGUGGAGGUUGGGAUUUCUGUAUAAAUGAUGAAAAAGCUGCUAAACGAAGACAUCAAAAUUUUCUUCAAGAAUUGCAGGGAGACUUGGACACCCAGAGGUUAAUAUGGAGGAAGCAAAGUCUUACCCUGAAAGAUAAGAUUAAACUUUAUCUCAUUAGAACAGCUGUAAAUAUAUUUGUUAUAGCUGCCUUGGGUGGAUCUCUGUACCUUAUCUUCUACACUAAUGAAAAGAUGUUAGAGCUACAGAAAAAUGAUUCUUCUAAAGGCAAUGUCAUUGUGGAAGCCUUAAUUCAGUAUAUGCCAUCCAUUACUAUUACACUUUUGAAUGUGAUAGUACCUUUGAUAUUCAACAAGCUAGUAACAUACGAAGACUAUACACCUGUGUUUGAGAUUCGAAUAACUUUACUAAGGAUUAUAUUACUACGAUUAGCCUCGCUUGGGAUUUUGAUCGGAUCACUGUACCGUAUUGUUGCUUCUCCUGCUGAUAGUUAUAGGUCAGACUGUGGAAAUCAAAGAUGGGAAGUCACUGAUCCAAACCAACAAGGCACAACCAGUAUAAAGUGCUGGGAGACUUAUGUAGGACAACAGAUCUACAAAUUGAUCAUUCUUGACUUUCUAGUUGGUGUAAUCAUUACAUUUGUGGUGGAGUUUCCAAGAAGAUUCAUAUACAAGAAAUUUCACAGUACAAACAAACUAGUGAAUAUGGUAGGACAACAAGAGUUUGAUCUGCCUAAAGUUGUAUUAGAUAUUGUUUAUUCACAGACUUUGUGCUGGAUGGGACUGUUUUUCUGUCCACUGACCCCAAUAUUAGGAUUUCUGAAAUGUUUUAUCUUCUUUUAUGUCAGAAAGAUAUCCCUAUUGACAAACUGUGUACAGCCAGUACGACCCUACAGAACAUCUAGAUCUAACUCUUUGUUUGCUGCUGUGUUAUUUCUUUCCUUUCUGCUGGCAACAAUACCAUUGGCAUAUCUCAUAGGCAGUAUUUCCCCAUCACAGAGUUGUGGGCCCUUCAGACAAUACAUGGGAAGUUUUGUAUUCUUUGAUGUCAUUCCUAAUGAAAUACAGACUUGGCCUUCGGCAGCAGUUAAAGUUUUCAGAGUACUUGGAUCAACAGCUUUCCUCAUUCCAGCAAUUCUUGUAGUCUGUUCUAUAAUGUAUGGUUACUGGGCAUCUAAAGAGGGAAGCAAGAGACAAGCAGAACUAAUACAAGAAGAGCUUACUGAGGAAGGAAGAGACAAACAGUUCCUUGUAGCUCAGCUGAAUGAAAUCCUAGAACACUUAGAUGCUACUAAUUCUUAAUGGAUAACAAAAUGGAUGACAAAAUGAAUGACAAAAUGGAUGACAAAAUGUUUUGUUUUCUCAAAUACUGAAGUAUUUCAUUUUCAUUCUCCAUUUGCUCUAACAGAGGAAACUGCCAUUGUUAACUCAAGACUCAAAU